CAUGAAGAGAAUAAAGAAAGAAAGAAGAAAAGAAAAGACAAAAGAAAAGAAAAGGGAGGGCUCUGCGGGAGCCGGUUGCAGGCCGAGAUGCUGCAGAUGGACCUGAUCGACGCGACGGGGGACACUCCCGGGGCCGAGGACGACGAGGAGGACGAGGAGGAGCGCGCGGCCCGGCGGCCGGGAGCGGGGCCGCCCAAGGCCGAGUCCGGCCAGGAGCCGGCGUCCCGCGGCCAGGGCCAGAGCCAAGGCCAGAGCCAGGGCCCGGGCAGCGGGGACACGUACCGGCCCAAGCGGCCCACCACGCUCAACCUCUUUCCGCAGGUGCAGUUGUCUCAGGACACACUGAAUAAUAAUUCUCUGGGCAAAAAGUACAGUUGGCAGGAUCGGGUGUCUCGAUCAUCCUCACCCCUGAAGACAGGGGAGCAGACACCACCGCAUGAACACAUUUGCCUGAGCGAUGAGCUGCCCCCCCAGAGCAGCCCCGCCCCCACCACAGAUCGAGGGACCUCCACCAACCCCACGCUGCUGGUAGAUGAGCACGCGCAGCUGGAGCUGGUGAGCCUGCGGCCGUGCUUCGGAGACUACAGUGACGAGAGUGACUCGGCCAUCGUCUACGACAACUGUGCCUCCGUCUCCUCGCCCUAUGAGUCAGCCAUCGGAGAGGAAUAUGAGGAGGCCUCCCGGCCCCAGCCUCCUGCCUGCCUCUCCAAGGACUCCACGCCUGACGAACCCGACGUCCAUUUCUCCAAGAAGUUCCUGAACAUCUUCAUGAGUGGCCGCUCCCGCUCCUCCAGUGCCGAGUCCUUCGGGCUGUUCUCCUGCAUCAUCAACGGGGAGGAGCAGGAGCAGACCCACCGGACCAUAUUCAGGUUUGUGCCUCGACACGAAGACGAACUUGAGCUGGAAGUGGAUGACCCUCUGCUAGUGGAGCUCCAGGCUGAAGACUACUGGUACGAGGCCUACAACAUGCGCACUGGUGCCCGGGGCAUCUUUACUGCCUAUUACGCCAUCGAGGUCACCAAGGAGCCCGAGCACAUGGCAGUCCUGGCUAAAAACAGUGACUGGGUGGACCAGUUCCGGGGGAAGUUCCUGGGCUCAGUCCAGGUUCCCUAUCACAAGGGCAAUGUCGUCCUCUCUGCCGCUAUGCAAAAGAUUGCCACCACCCGCCGGCUAACCGUGCACUUUAACCCGCCCUCCAGCUGUGUCCUGGAGAUCAGCGUGCGGGGUGUGAAGAUAGGUGUCAAGGCCGAUGACUCCCAGGAGGCCAAGGGGAAUAAAUGUAGCCACUUUUUCCAGUUAAAAAACAUCUCUUUCCGCGGAUAUCAUCCAAAGAACAACAAGUACUUUGGGUUCAUCACCAAGCACCUCGCCGACCGCCGGUUUGCCUGCCACGUCUUUGUGUCUGAAGACUCCACCAAAGCCUUGGCAGAGUCCGUGGGGAGAGCAUUCCAGCAGUUUCACAAGCAGUUUGUGGAGUACACCUGCCCCACAGAAGAUAUCUACCUGGAGUAGCCGCGCAGCCCCGCCCUCUGCGUCCCCCGGCCCUCAGGCCAGUGCCAGGACAGCUGGCUGCUGACAGGAUGUGGCACUGCUUGAGGAGGGGCACCUGCCACCGCCAGGGGAUGAGGAAGUGGGGGCCGCUGGCUCAGGGUAGGGGAGGGUGGGGCAAUGGGGAGAGGUAAAUGCAGUUUAUUGUAAUAUAUGGGAUUAGAUUCAUCUAUGGAGGGCAGAGUGGGCUGCCUGGGGAUUGGGAGGGACAGGGCUUGGGGAGCAGGUCUCUGGCAGAGAAGGAUGUCCGUUCCAGGAGCACACGGCCCUGCCCCAUCCUGGGCCAUACCUCCCCUGCCAGGGCUCGCGUGCUCUGGCUCCUGCCUUGAUGAAGCCCAUGUCCUGCCUUGAUGAAGCCUGUGCCACCUGCAAGUGCCCGCCCUGCCCCUGUCCCAACACCCACCGAAGAGCCCUGAGCUCAGGCUGAGCCCAGCCACCUCCCAAGGACUUUCCAGUGAGGAAAUGGCAACACGUGGAAGUGAAGUCCCCGUUCUCAGCUCUGUCAUCUGUGGGGCCUCUGGGUGGCUCCUGCCACCGACCUCACUGGCAUGCUAGCCUGUGGCAGGCCUAGGACCUCAGCGGGGAGGAGGAGCUGCCACAAGCCCUAUCCCAGCAGGAGAGGGAGGCUUCCUGACUGACACAGGCUAGCCCCAUCUUGGUCCUGUCACCCUGGCCCCAACUAUUAAAGUGCCAUUUCCUGUCAAAAAAAAAAAAAAAAAAAAAAAAGAAAAGAAAAGAAAA